GAGUGGGCGAGCUGGGAUAGGCUGGGAGUUUGGUUGGGAGCCGUCAGCGAGACGGGACCAGGCACAAGAAGACGAAGGGGAGGGAAACGAAGAACCGAGCGACUCAUAACUUGUGGCUCGUGAGCGGCUGAAUGUUGGACAGGAAAUUUGACGUAGACAGUUUUACGGAAAGCAGCAUUUGUUGCGUUCAGGGGUCACGGAGCGGCGCGGAUGACAAAGAAGCGACGCCGGGCAAACUUUCUCAGCCGGGUUUAAUCGCUCCUAAAACCCGACAGGGAAUUCUGUUUUUCUUUUUCUUUGUAACCUGAGGUGUAAAGAAGAGGACAUCACCAUGCCACGGCGCACCGUGCAAGAAGUAACAGUGCAGGAUGUCCAGAAGCGGAGAAAUCCCAACAAACACUACGUUUACAUCAUCAAAGUGUCCUGGAGUGAUGGCAGUACAGAAGUCAUUUACAGACGCUACAGCAAGUUCUUUGACCUCCAGAUGGAAUUGCUGGACAAAUUCCCAGUGGAAGGAGGCCAAAAAGACCCUAAGCGCAGGAUCAUUCCAUUCCUACCAGGGAAGAUCCUGUUUAGGAGAAGCCAUAUCAGGGAUGUGGCCAUGAAAAGGCUAAGGCCCAUCAAUGAAUACUGCAGGGCCCUCAUUCAGCUGCCAGUCUACAUCUCCCAGUGCGAGGAGGUCAGAGUGUUUUUUGAGACCAGACCUGAAGACCUCAACCCACCCAAGGAGGAACCCAUCGGAAAGAAGAAAUCAGGGAUUGUGGAGAGAGCGACUACUUUCCUAAAGCGAGGUGAUGCCACCUCAGCAGACCCUCUCCUACUCGACCAGUAUGUGGCAGUAACAGACUAUGAGAAGCAGGAGAGCUCUGAGGUCAGCCUACAUGUGGGGCAGGUGGUGGAGGUUAUAGAGAAAAAUGAGUCUGGGUGGUGGUUUGUCAGCUCAGACGAUGCUCAGGGCUGGGUUCCUGCCACCUGCCUUGAAGCACAGGAUGACCCCGAUGACUUCUCUUUUCCAGGGGAAGAAGAGGAGAAGUAUUCAGUGAUUUACCCGUACUCAGCCAGGGACCAGGAUGAGAUCGACCUGGAGAGAGGCAUGAUUGUCGAGGUGAUUCAGAAGAACCUGGAGGGCUGGUGGAAGAUCAGGUACCAGGGCUGUGAGGGCUGGGCCCCAGCCUCCUACCUGAAGAAGACUGACAUCCAGGGCCAGAAGCAGUCAGCAGGCGCUGGUGUUCAUGCCAGCACCAAUGACCUAGAUGGGUUUUCUAAACAGAACCAGCAAAACAACGCAGCCAAAGAGAACCGAGACAACAGCCAAAAAGAAAACAGACUCUCAUUUUUUUCUGACAGCAAAAGCAAAGUGGGAGCAAGACACAGACCUCCUCCACGCAGAGAUCUUACCAUUCCACGUGGUACAAACCUACCCAAGCCACCUGUACCUCCUCAGGUUGAGGAAGAGUUCUACACCAUAGCAGACUUCCAGACUACCAUCCCUGAUGGUAUUAGCUUCCAAGCAGGAAUCAAAGUUGAGGUGAUCGAGAAGAAUAGUGGUGGUUGGUGGUACAUCCAGAUAGAUGACAAAGAGGGCUGGGCCCCUGCCACCUUUAUCGACAAGUACAAGAAGACCAGUAAUGCCCUGCGACCUAAUUUCCUUGCCCCUCUGCCCAAUGAGAUGGAGAAGCUGAGACUUGAAGACGGUGGUUCUUCAGGCACAGACGACAGCUGGUCCAAGCCUUUACCAGAUGAGCCAACCACAGCCCCUGACUCCUGUGCCCGGCCUAAGCUGAGAGAUUGGAAGUCCGGUGCCAGCAAGACUGGGCCUUUACCACCAGCCCCAGCCACCCCUCCAGCUGAAGAGAAACCAGCUCUGCCACCUCGAAGGGAGUCCAUUAAUAAGAGCUUUGAAUUGGAGGUAUCCGAGAAAGUGAGGGUUGAUCAUUCCAAACCUUUGCCUCCAAAGCCCCCAGCUCCUGGGGUCAUAAUGCCACUGGUUACACCCAAAGCACCCCCCUUCAAACAGGACAAACCACCAGAGACCAAGAAAGAAGAUAAGAGCAAAGCUCUUCACCUCCGAAACGAGAUGGGUCUUGAAUGUGGCCACAAGAUCUCUGCCAAAGAGGUGAAGAAGUUUAAUCUGAAACCCGUACCUAAACAGCCACCAAAACCCAAAGCAGAGGUGCAGGAGGAGAAACCAGAGGUAGCUGGUCCAGCAGUGUUCAUGAAGCCGAAGCCAGUGAUCCGACCUAAACCUGCCCCAGCUGCAAAGCCAGAUCCUCCGGCUGAGAACAAACUAGACAUCACCAACCUGAGAAGCAAGCUGAGGCCAUCAAAACCUGCGGAUCCUGGCUCUGCGUCAGCUGAGGUGAACCAUCAAAAUGACACCACAGUAAAUAGUUCCCAUCCCAGUGCCCCCUCUAGUUCCCCCCCAAUUCAUAUCCCUACUCUCAACAAUGGUAAGCACUGCGACGAGCCAAAACUUCCCCCAAAACACAUGAAUGGUCAUAGCCAGGAGAGCUCAUCACCCCCUGCAAAACCAGCCGUGCCCCCCUACAAGGAUCCCCCACAGAGACCCCCUGCCAUGGCUCCAAGGAGACCUCCUCCUCCCAAGAAGACCGACCCAUCCAGCCCGACUGAGCCCAAAGCUCCAGCCCCUCUAAGAGAAAUCCAGGACCCUCCCAAGGGCCCGGCACCUCAACUCAGCAGACCCCCUCCCCCUAAACCCAAAGUAUUUGCUCAGGCACCUCCAAGCAAAGAGAAAGAAGAGCCCAAAAUGAAUAAAGUCCCAAUUCCUCCCAAGCCCCAGGUGAAGAGUGAGAAGCCGGGGCCGCCAAAGGACAAGCUUCCACCUUUACUCAUGGAGCCCAGUAAGGAUGAGCUGUAUCUAGCUGUGGCGGACUUUGAAGGGGAUGACCAAACAUCCAGCUUCAAGGUGGGUACGGUGUUUGAGGUUCUGGAAAAAAACAGCAGCGGCUGGUGGUUCUGUAAAAAUGUAGGACAAGACGUUGAGAGCUGGAUUCCCUCAAAUUACCUGAGCAAGAAACCUUAGUGUGUUGCCAUAUGAAUAAAUAAACAAA